GAAGCACCAUGAAGACCAUCCAGAUGGUCCAGGGCCUGUGUCUGAUGGCCGUCUUCGCUGGACCGUUGCAGGUGUGGUGUCUUGUCGAGAUCCCCCUCACCAUGUUCAGCAACUCUGUGGAUGACCAGUACAUAGGCUGCAGCCCCGACAAUCUGCUCAAGCCGGGAAAGCUUCCUGUGGAGAAAAAGUAUCCCCAAACCUGGGAAAAGGCAAAGCGCCACUGGGACAGCCUCGGCCAAUCCGUUGGCAGCUUCAAUCCAAUUUACGGCACCGCGAUCGUGGCCUACACCGUCGGAGAUGAGCUGUACCGCGAUUUCAACACCGCCACCCGAGAAGCUGGGAAAUCCCAAGACUCUUACGACCGCUAUGCCUUCAAGGACUUUCACUUCCUUCUUACCAAAGCUCUCCAGGCCAAAUCCAAGAAGUGCUGCUAUCAGGUCUUCCGCGGCAUACGAGACAUCCAUUUCACCGUCUCCAACAACGCGAUUGUCCGCUUCGGACAGUUUGCGUCCUCCUCCUUGAACAAGAUGGUGGCCCAAAAUUUCAGCAAGGACACCUUCUUCUCCAUCCUUACGUGUCACGGAGUGCGCAUUGAUGACUUUUCGUAUAAACCAUACGAAGAGGAAGUUCUCAUCCCGCCCUACGAGAAGUUCAUCGUGACCGGCUACAGUCAGAGUGAAAAGGGGGUCCACAUCACGCUGGAGUCCUCGGGCGUUUUCAGCCAUUGGAACUGUGAAGUCCGGAACA